CAGCAGCAGCAGCGCUCUGCCUCUCCCCCUCAGGGGCACCGCCGGCGGGCAUCGCCGCCACACCGACGCUGUUUCCCGUCCGAUCCGGGCGACCAGACGGCACCGAACCGGUGGAACUUCGGGGCGAGCACAUCCGAGCUGCACGGAGCGACGCUGAAGGAUGUUCCUCCCCUCGUCCCUCCCCUUCCCCCGGAUGCGGGCCGGGAGGGCCGGGAUGGCGCUGCCCACCCCGCGCUACGAGCACCUGGGCCCGCGGGGGCCCUUUCGGGACGUGUACGAGCCGGCCGAGGACACCUUCCUGCUGCUCGAUGCGCUGGAGCGGGACGCGGGCAGCCUGCGGGAGGCUCGAGUUGAGAUCUGCCUUGAAAUAGGAUCUGGAUCUGGUGUGGUUUCAACAUUUCUGGCUUCUUCCAUCCUUGGACCCAGUGCACUGUACAUAUGCACAGAUAUCAACCCCAUGGCAGCUUACUGUACCCAGGAGACAGCUCUGCUUAACAAUGUUCACCUGCAGCCCAUCAUUACUGACUUGGUCAAAGGAUUAUCCCCAAGAUUAAAUGAGAAGGUUGAUCUACUGCUGUUUAACCCACCAUAUGUGGUAACACCUUCUGAAGAGGUGAAAAGCCAUGGAAUAGAGGCAUCCUGGGCUGGGGGCAAACAGGGCAGAGAAGUAAUGGAUAGAGUUUUCCCAUUAGUACCAGACCUGCUUUCACCAGGAGGAUUAUUCUACUUGGUCACAAUUAAAGAAAAUAAUCCAGAUGAAAUUCUGGAAACAAUGAAGAAAAGUGGCUUAAAAGGCACACAGAUACUUUCCAGGCAAGCGGGACAAGAGAUGCUGACAAUCCUCAGAUUCAGGAAAUCUUGAUAACUUCUCUUCACCUGCCAGGAUCAGUGUUUAUCAGCAUGGAUCACUGUGGCCAUGAUUAAGGACCGGAGUCCUCCAUGUCCCUCUGACCUCAAGAGAAGAAGAAAGAGCCUUGUUAAAAUAAAGAGAUGCUCAGAGUUCACCACUGAAGCAUUUGGAGGAAGUUUGGAUCAGUGCACACAUGGAAAUACAGUGGCACUUUAUACAAUGCAAAAUGUGAAGGCACAGUUAGGAGUUGUUUCACUUGUUCUCACAUACCUAUCAAAUAUUUUGCUGCUGUACUACUCAGGGUACUGAACUUCUCAUCUCUUCCAACAAAUGAAGAUGUUCCAGCAGCAGAUAAAGAGGAUUCUUCAAUCCCUUGUAAUGAACACAACAAUUCUACAACGCAUUUCAUUAAAUUACUUAAUUAAUUAAAUUAAUUUAAUUAAACACCUUCCCUGAGCUUCAGAGAAGGCUUCUCAAGGAAUGAUGGAAGAUUUUAUAUUAGUAAUUGUAGUUGUUUAUAUUUCCAUUGGGUUAUUUUUUGAGGAAUGCAAUUUUGCAAACAGAAAUUGAAUUUUAGUCAUUUUACCUUUUUUUCCCCCAUUUUAAAGAAACACUAAUGUAGUUUUUCUGGUGUAGACUGGAGGGUUUUCUGGGGCUCUCGUUGUUUUUUCUGUGGAUAGCUUUGCAACAUACAAAACUUAAAUAAGUUGGCUUCAACUCUCAGCUUACUUUUGACCAAAAUAAAAACCAAACAAGUUCAGAAGGGGUAAGAAGGAAGUGCAUUUAAAAAAAGAAUAUUUCCAUCAUGGUUCUGUAGAGACUGACUUGCAAGACUUUUGUUUGUGUAAUGCUCCUAUAAACAUUAUAUUGAUAUUUGUAGUAAUUUGUGUCAUUUUAGCAGUGCUUUAUCACAGGAGGAUACUGGGUACAGUGUAGUCCUCACAUCAGUCCAAAUUAGCAGAGCCUCUUACUCAAAAACCAGCCAUUCGAAGUUGAAAGUGGGAUGAUAAUUAGAUGUGGUUAAGCUCUAAAUAAUUGCAGAUAUACUGUCAAAUUAGGGAUAAUUUGACUGCAGCCUGGACCUAGAACUUGUAGGAUUUCCAGAUUUCAAGCUCAGGAUUGAAUGCUACCAAAACCUUUGGCCAUGGUUCAGAAGUACUUUGUCCUCAGGUGCUGGAGUUACUGGAUUAAGUAACCUAGCUGGUUACUGAAUAUUUCUCAGUUAUUAUCAUUAUCAUCCUCUUAAAUUAAAUUAGGAGGCUCUGCUGUGGUAAUAAAAUAAGACCCAUUAUCUGCAGGGUGCGCUGAGCACUGCUUUGGUUUCUGUUCUCCACCUGUAAUGCUUAAUAGCUACAGACAGCUUUAAUUAUGAGGCCAGAUCUUAUUGUAAACUUGGUAAUUGCUCUGAGCCAGCAUUACCUGAAGAAUGUACACUAAUACCCUUUUUAUCAAUAUGACUGGAGAAACCUUAAUUGUCUGGGCAUUGGAAAGAGAAGGUGACCCUGAGGGUUUAAAAAACAUCUUCCCUUCUCUGGCUCCUGGCUCCCCUCACCGGGCAAUGAACAAAGCUACAGGGUUUUUUUGUGGUUUUUUGAAAGAUGCUUCUGGAAGUGAGGUUUUGAUUUUACAAGAAGCAAGAUAGCAGAAAGGAGGGAUGCAAAGCAAGAUUUUAAACUUGUUCAGUGCUUCUGUAUGACUAAUUCAACAUCAAUCAGUUUAGAAGUUUAAAAAGUUCACUAUUCACACAACCAUCUGCACUGUAAGGGAUGAUUGUUUCUGCUGCUUGUUCUCUGCAUCUUCAUAAGGACAAGUAAUUUGGAUUUUGUGUAUUCCUUUCUCAGCAUGUCUUUAAGAUUUAUUUUUUUCCCUAAAUAUUUUUAAGACAUUGAAGCACUUAGCUGAACCUGCCCAAAAACUUCUGCCUGUGCAAAAUUCCGUCAUAAAGUUAGAACUAAAUUGAAGGCAAAUGGAAAUUUUGUAUAUAGCAAUUGUCACCUCUGCUUAUGAUGGAAAUGCUUAGCAAAUGCUACUAGAUGCUUACCAAAUACUUACUAAAUUACCAGGAUUUUUUUUCCCAGGGUAGUGUUUUGGAAAAAAAUAAUGGAACAACUUUCUGAAAUGUUAUGUUUGGAUUUCUUUCUUUUAUCAAAAAUUUUGUGUUUGGAUGGAGUGUGUGAUGAUCAGGAGAAUCCUACUGAUGUUUGUGAAGAACUGAAAAAGCCUGACAAAAAUUCCAAUCCAGCCUAAAUGGAAAAUAUUUAUGGAAGAAAACUCCUUGAGUGUAACUGCACACACAGCAGGGCUUCACUUGAGCCAAAACACUCCUCCCACAAAUUGCAUUUUUGUGCACUGAAGACUGUGGCUUUGGUGGCCGCAUCCAAAGCCAGCUCCGAGAGAAAAAUUGAUUAUUCAGGGAAGUUUUUCUCUUGUUGAGACUUAAUUACCAUCUUAAGGCAUUUUAUUUUUAUGAUAUCAUUUAGAUACAAGUGACAUCUAAAUGGUAAUUUUCAUUUUGUUUUUUAACUCAGUCCAUGGAUUUGAGACACUGCAAGAGACUAGUUUCACUUUAAAAGAAUGUUUCAGGGGAUAGUAAAUGCUAAAUAAAAAUAAAAUAAGUGUUUGUCAAAGUAAGGAAUGGGAGUCCCAGUCCUCAAGUGUAUAAUUAGGAAGGAGAGAUGGCAGAAAAAGAUGUCACCAGAUGGGCACUGAUUUGCACUCUUGGUAGUAGCUUCAUAAUUUCUUUGCUGAAUCAUAAGAGACAUCAGGUAUUUACAAAACCCCAUUCAGGGCAAUUGAAUUCAAAGAACUAAUUCAAUUUAAACACCACUAGCACAGUUCUCUGUGUUGGAUAGGAUUAUUUUGGAGGAAGAGGUUUCAAAAAUAUGGGGUGAAAUUUGAGCACUGAGGAUUGCUAUAAACAGAAACUUUCUUUACCUGUUUCAGUCCCGUUUGUCAUGCCUGUUGCUACUUUACUGAAUGUAAGUGAAAAGAAAACCCCAGCCAUAAUCUAUGCAAUGUUCUUUCUGUCUCACCUCCGUUUUUCUUCUGACAAGACCAAUGUUCUAUUUUGAGGCUGCAAUUUUCUGUU